AAUUGUUUUACUACGAAACUUACGUGGUAAACAUGGCUGGCGGACUGUGUAGACUGUUGAAACAAAAGUAUAACAUUUUCUAUAAGAUUCCCUUUUAUCAUUCCCCAUCGACAGCUGUAAUAUUUGGUAAAGCCUCCUAUUGUACAAAUUCAACCGAUGAUUGGAGAUAUAAGAAAGACAUUGAUGACCCCGCCUUUAAACAACUUGACCUAUCUUUUGAAAAUGCUAAAGAAGCUUACAAGAGUAAAACAACCUUUGAUUUAAUAAGGGCAUGGAUGGUGUUUGAAUUAUGCAGUAUUGAAUUUCUAGUAAAUAACAACAAGAAGCUUAUGAAGGUCGGUCGUAAAGUGUUGGGAAAGAAGCUGUUCAAAGCUUUUAUGAAGGGUUCGUUCUAUGGGCAUUUUGUUGCCGGUGAAAAUGAAAAAACAAUAAAAUCAGUAAUCGAAAAAAAUAAAUUGUUUGGCGUUAAAUCAAUUUUGGAUUAUAGUGUUGAGAAGGAUAUAUCUAAAGAACAAGCAACAAAGCAAGAAGAAGAAUCAUGUGUGUCCGAAAAUCAACCGGAGAAUAUUACUCAUACUGGACCGAAUGUACAGUAUAGAUAUCACACACAAUUUGCCGACAGAAGGGAAGAAGUUAUUGCAGCCAGAACUCACUUUUACGAAGAUGAAAAAUCAUGCGACGAUAUUAUGAAGAUAUUCCUUCGUGAAAUAGAUGGAGUUAGCGGCUCAACGAAUGCCACUGGAUUUGCAGCUAUUAAAUUAACAGCUUUAGGCCGUCCGCAAUUUUUGCUUCAACUCUCCGAAGUAUUGGAAAGAGUUAGACGAUAUUAUGACGUUAUUGCUGCUACAAUACCUGCUGGAGAAUUUGAUGUUGUACCAGCGAUUAAGCGAAGAGAGUUCGAAAGACACCUUAAAACUAGAAAAAUUAAGAGAUCAGAACGUCAAUUAUGGUAUACAAUACUCGAUAGUUCUGGGGAUGGUGAAAUUGAUAUGUUAGAUUGGCAUAAUCUAUUAGAAGUUAAUGUUAGAUUAGGUAAUCUAUUAAAAACCCCUAAUGCAGAAACUGGCGUCUUUGAGCCAAUAGUUACGUCCUUUACUGUAUCGGAGGAGAUGCAAAUGAAGAAUAUGCUAAAACGAAUUAAUACUAUUGUUGAAUACGCAAUAAAAAAAGAUGUAAGAUUAAUGAUUGACGCUGAACAAACAUACUUUCAAAAUGGUAUAAAUCGGCUAUGCAUGGAGAUGAUGAGAAAAUUUAACAAGGAGAAAGCAUAUGUUUUUAACACUUAUCAAUGUUAUUUAAAGGAAUCCUUAUCAACUUUAAGAACAGAUUUAGCAUUGGCAGAAAGAGAGAAUUUCUUUUUUGGAGCUAAAAUUGUUAGAGGAGCUUAUAUGGAGCAAGAGAGGAAGAGAGCGCUGACCUUGGGUUACGAAGACCCAAUUAAUGUCGAUUACGAGGCUACUACAAAGAUGUACGAGGACGUUCUGUGUGAAAUACUUUUCCAGGCUAAAAGAUUAGAUAAAGGCCGAAUUGCUGUUAUGGUAGCCACUCAUAAUGAGGACUCAGUUCGAUAUACUGUUAAAAAAAUGAAAGAAUUUGGCAUUAGUUCCUCUGAUAAAAUAGUCUGCUUUGGCCAACUUUAUGGCAUGUGUGAUCAAGUGUCCUUCAGCCUUGGACAAGCCGGCUAUUCGGUCUAUAAAUAUGUGCCAUACGGUCCUGUAGAAGAGGUAUUACCUUACCUAUCAAGACGAGCCCUAGAAAAUAAAGGAAUUCUGAAAAAAGUAAAAAAGGAAAAGCGGUUGCUGCGAGAAGAAACUUGGCGUCGUUUCAUCUCUGGUCAACUGUUAUAUUCGCCACAGGGAGCCACUGUGUCCACAUAA